ACUGUAGUACAAGCGCAAUUUAUUCCAGGUCGAGGCAUAGGCGUCUCCAGAGGUCCAGAAGUGUGCUAACAGGAAGAACAUAGAGUGACCCUAUCUCGAACCCGAUGUCUUUCGAAUUAAAGCCAUAUUUAGUAGGCCCCUCAGUUACCGUGGACGAUGAUCGUUCUCAAAGGAGAUUAGCGACAACUCUAGUGGUAUUAUCGCUAAUCAAGGCUCAGAGCCUGGGCCAUGAGGCUCCCCCCACUUUCCAUCUUCAACCACCGCCAACCAUGACGAUCCCCGAGGAAAUAGCCCCAGCCGCCAAAGCACCGCCCAAAUGGAAGGUCUAUACAAGGAAACUGAGAACUCUACGGCGCCUCUUCCGAUCUUUCAGUAUUCCAAUCCGCCGCCCGCCUUCAACUACCAUAUCUAACACCGCGCCUUUCCCAUUCCUCCGCCUUCCGCGGGAGCUCCGCGACCAGAUCUACCGCGACCUGCUAAUCGUCGACAACAACAACAACAACAACAACAACGAGGACGGCGACAACGGAGGAGCCCUAUGGAUCCGCUACAGCCGCCGCCAACAACGCUGGUGGGACGCGACGCCCUACUGCCCGGCGGGCGGGGGGCCGCGCCGCCCUCGACCGCGCCUGACCCUCGGCCUGCUGCGGGUCUGCCGGCGCGUGCGCCAGGAAACGCUGCCGAUGGUGUUCGCGCACAACACAAUCUGGCUGGACGCGUCGCCGGCGCGCUGCCUCGCCCUCCUCGCCUCUAUGCCCGGCUCGGUCUCCGGGGGCAUCCGCCACCUCCAGCUGUGGCUGGACGUGUACCUGGACUGCGGGACGGCGACGGGGACGCUGCGGCACCAGACGCCCGACGCGCGCGCGCAAGCCGCCGCCCGCGUGCACCGCGACCUCCUCACCCCCUGGCUGACCCUGUUCGCCUGGAUGCAGCAGCACCUGCCCCGCCUCGGCACGCUGCAGAUCCGGCUGAGCGCGGACCGCGCCCGCCACGCCGCGGCCCUGCGCGCGGUGGGCCCUGACUGGCUCCGUUUCUAUCAGACCGGGUGGAUGGACCAGGUGCGCGCGCUGCGGCAGGUCGGCACGCUGCGCGUGGACGCGCGGCUGCAGUGGUGCGAUCAGAUCGAUGACGGUGAGCGCGCCGCGCUCCAGGAGUUGCGGCGCGAGCUGCGGCGCACGUCCGGGUUUGAGGAGGUGGCGGUGCGGUGGGAGCAUUGCUUCUUUUUGUGCAGUGGUGGCGAGCAGUUUCCUGCCACUAGCUUGGGGAUUGUGUUGCGGCGGCAGCGGAGAGAGCGGCGGGAUGAUGAUGAUGAUGAUGAUGAUGAUGAUGAUGAUGAUGAAGGGGCGCAGGGGGAUCUGGUGGCGGGUGCGGCGUUGCCUGACUAUCGGCCGGUUUAUACCCUGCAGGAUAUAGUGUUUCCGAUGGUUUGUGGAUUUGGGGAGCCGCGGCCGCCGCCGUCGCCGGAUCAUUGGCGUUGA